AUGCUCGGCGGAAGUGCGGACAAGAUCUACGUCGUCAUCGGCGACUUCGCACACAACGGCGGGAGUGGGCUUGAAUUCAUCAAUGGCUUUACCUUCCUCCAAUGGUUCUAUAGCAAGUACGACACUGCCAACAGCCGGAUCAGGCUCGCGCCCACGGUCUUCACAAAAGAGGAGACCAACUGA